ACAUGUCAAGUUAACUGCCACACCUUACCCCCGAUAAGUUCCGCAAAGUAGCGGCGACAUUCGUCAGCGCUCACUCAAGUGGAGCUGAUUACGAAAUGAUGAUGCGCAGUUUAGAGACGCUCUGCAGAAUUGCACACCCCGCGUUAUGUGCGGAGGACAUGUUGGUUUAAUGCCUGGGGAGCAAGUGAUGAAGUAGUAGGCCAAAGGGGUAGGAACUGAACAAUUGAAAGGUGGCUGUGAGAAAAGUGGCUGACGGCCGGAUUCGUCGAGUCACGUCACCUCAGUGCAUCUAUCUGGGGCACUACUAGAUUGAUACCCAACCCACCAGUUAUGGACCAGAUGGAGGUAGCGGAGACGACGGACACCCUCCAUGUCCGCUCGCAUGUCCAGUAUAAUGCUCCAGACCAUAUAACACCCACCAACAUCCAUCGCUCCCCUCUCGAACAAUUUCACAUUUGGUUUAAUGACGCCCGCAUCGCAGGCGUAAGGGAACCAGACGCCAUGUCCCUAUCCACCGCGACUGCAUCAGGCAUACCUUCUUCUCGCAUGGUUCUCUUCAAACAGCUGGACAAACGCGGCUUUGUCUUUUACACAAACUAUACCUCACGCAAGUCAAAGGAAUUAGAGGAAAAUUCCAAUGCUGCACUCUUGUUUUUCUGGCGCGAAAUGUCACGCCAGGUUAGGAUCGUCGGUCGGGUGGAAAAAGUAAGCAAAGAGGAAACUGAAGCGUACUUCAAGAGUCGCCCCGUGGGCAGUCAGCUUGGUGCUUGGGCUAGCAAACAAAGCAGUAUCAUUGGGGAAAAUGACCUUGCUGCCCGAUUGAAGAAAUUUCAUGAUCGUUUCGGUGUGACCGAAGACGCCCACGAACGAGAUGUCCCUGCUCCAGAAUUCUGGGGUGGGUGGAGGGUAAUUCCAAAUGAAAUGGAAUUUUGGUUAGGCAAGCCAUCUCGCCUGCACGAUCGCAUCCGAUAUCUUCGCGUGAACGGAUCAGCAUCUGAUGGAGAACCUCAGUGGAACAUAGAUAGACUAUCACCGUGAAAGCACUGCUAGCCGAUGUGACACCGCCAUACAGUACGUUACUCGGUUCUCGUGCUUUAGGCGCGAAGAGGUUUGCUUGUACAAUCGGAAUACUGAUUUCUAGCGGUCGCAGAUGUGCCA